AGAGGAUGAAAGCUGCUUACACUCAUUCUCGGCCGGUCUGGUCUGGUGUGUCUUGUGUCUGUUUCUGCGGGCGUACAUCGAUCGGACGUCACGCAGCACACAACACAUACAUCAAUGAAUGGGUCGGUCGAUCAGGCCGCCAAUCAGCCAGCCGUAGCAAGAGGAAGCAGACACACACAACGAACACACACACACACUGAGGGAGUGGGAGUGGGGCAGAGAGGGAGGGAGGGAGGGAGUGGCAAACAACACAACACACAAACUUAGUAGCAACCCAUCAAUCGAUCAACCCAUCAAUCGAUCAAUCGCUCAGCCAACCAAUCGCAACACAUGUGUGUGUCAGGCACACACACGCACACACGCGAGCAUGUGUGCGCUCACACACACGUGUGUACGACGACAUGGUCGCAUGUGAUGGAUGUGUCUGGCGGCGCAUGAAGUCAGUCGCCCGCCCCUGCCUAAGCUGCGCCAUCUCUCUUGGUAGGGUCAUACCUUCAACCAUUCAAGCUUCAUCAAUCGGCCGGGCAAACACACACACACACACACACAGACAGAGGAAGGGCAAUCAAUCGGUGGUGUAUAUAGUACACAAAACCGGCGGUCGACGCAACACGCAACCAGGGAAGGGGGGAGCCCAGCCCCACCCACUCCCCAGGGAAACAAGAAGGGUCGAGGGAAAAAAGAGAGAGGCAUUGAACCAUCCAUCCAUCCGCCCCUUUGUGGAUCGACGACUAGGCUGCCUGCCUGCGCGGAUGUGUGGACGGACGUGUGCGUGGGGCGGGUGGGGGGCGGGGGGUGUCCGUCAUCGACCUGCCUUCACUCUCCCGCUCGCUCCCUCGCUCCACAACCAGCACGCUGAGGCCACACCCCCACCAGGCAGGCACCCAUCCAUCCAUCCACCCAUCAAACCAUCUGCCACGGCCAUGCAGUCACGAAAAAGACGCGCGGCUUCCAUCUCUCUCGGUAGGAAAGACCGCCACACGUCAAACGCAUCCAGUCAGUCAGUUAGUCAGUCGCCAUUCGGUUAAACCCUUCACCGUCACGCGCGCAGGCACACGAAGGCACACGAGCGCCAACCUGAUAGAUCCAUCCAACAGAACACACAGAGAAGAACAGCAUCCAGCGACCAAUGCAAUGCAUCCAUCUCUGGGCUUCUCCCCCGCCCCCAUCCCCCCAGUCGUCAUCCUUGUUGACCAGUCAAGAGUGUUGGGCAUCCAUGUGGUCAUGCAUCUACGGCUGCUGCUGCUGCUGGCCGUCCGCCCCGCCGUCCAUCGACUCGGGGCCUCCCCCCUGCAUCAUCAUCAACAUGCCGUCCGGCGCCUGUUGUGGGUGCGGGUAUGGCUGUGGGUCGCCCACACCCGUCAGCUCCGGCUGGGGGUGCUGCUGCUGCUGCUGCAUGGGAGGGGGCGGGGGAGGUCCAGCCAGGCUCGUGUCUGAGCUCUGCACAAAGAAGUCAUGCUGCUGCUGCUCCAUCAUGUGCAACAUGCCACCCUGAUGCAUGCUGCCGUCAUGGUGGCCAGCUCCUGCUGCCGCUGCCGCUGCUACAGGUCCCCUGGCGGCUGCCUGCGAUUGCUCGUUGGCCGACUGUGGGGACAUUGCCGAGACCUCCGGGGGCAUCACCGACACCUCACCCUCAUGGCCCAUCAUGGUGCUGCUCCGAUCCACGCCGCUACCUCGCUCCACCGGCACGCCCUGCUGCUGCUGGUCGAGCUGGUUGGGCCAUGAAGACAUGGGCAGCGGGACACUGCCCGGGGCCCCCAUGCCCAUGAAGUUGCCGUCCAUCAUGGCGGGGGCCGCGGGGGGCUGCAUGCCUUGCCUGUUGGGCUGCAUGCCCUGCCACGCACGAGACGUCAUGCCGCCAGGGCCUGGAGGUCCCGCCAUCUGCUGCUGUGGCAGCCACGCGGCAAAGUCAGAGUGCGGGGCCAGGGGGCCUCCUGCGGGUGAGUCGGAUGGGUGUGGCAUGGCGAGUGGGUGGCUGGGGGGGUGCGUGUUGAUGAAAAUGUUGCCGAGAAUCAAGCCGUUCUGGUCUCUCGGCAUUGGAUUCUGGUUUGGGUCUCUCGACAUGGCCAUACCCGGCGGGAACAUGCCUGGCACAUACGACAGCACCACACACACACACGAAUACAAUACAUACACACAUAGACAGACAGACACGAGCAUUGUGGUUGCGUCCUUACUCCGCUGUUGCUGGUCCCCUUGCAUCCCCUGCUGCUGUGGCGACCCCAUCUGCCCCGGCACCGCUGCAGCAGCCGCAGCUGCAGCUGCAGCGUCGUUCGGCUGAUCGAGGCGUGGGAACGGUGUGGGCUGGAAGCCACCCAUGCUCCACUGAGGCGGCAUGGGGUACAUCCCACCGUGAGGCGGGCCCCAUUGCCCCUGCCCCUGCUGCUGCUGCUGGUGGUCACCGCCACUGCCGUUGUUGGGCUGGUUGGGGUCCUGGUUGUUGCCCUGGUUAGGGUUGCCGGGGCCGGGUGGCUGCUGGGGGUUGUAGGGGGGGUAUCCGGCGGCGGCGGCGAGGGCCAUGUCGUAUUGGGGCUGCAUGUUGUCGCCCGCACCGUACUGGCCGUAGUAGUUGCGAUUGGGAGAAUACGGCUGCAUGAAAUAAAAAGCGACAAUCAAUGAGCUGAGGCGAGCACAAAGAAAGGGACGGAGCAUAAAGUCAGUGAUUUACCAUGAGGUAGUUGCCGCCUCCGGCCAUGCCGUUAGGUCCGCCCCCUCCCCCUCCGCCAUUGUCCUGGUCGUCCUGCCCGUCGCCGCCCGGCCCGUUGCCGUUGACGCCAUAGUUGUUGCCGUAGGGCGGGUACUCGUAGUAGGGAUUCUCGGCCGCAUUGUUGCCGAUGCCCACCUCUAUCUUGCACUGACCCGCCUUGAACUGAGACCCGCGCAGUAUGGGCACCUGAAGGAAGGACCACACAGACACAAACGAUGGACGGACGAGUGGAGAGGGGUGGUGGUGUGCUAGCUUACGGGGUCUCCGUAUGGCUUGACGCGAAGGAAUGUGCCGAGUGUCGACAUGUCGCGGAGGACCCACUUCUCCCCGGCCGGCCGGUCGCCGUCGUAGAAGAUCAGGCAGUGCUCGCGAGACACGUACCCGUUGUUGGCCGUCACCGACACCUGCAGCAUCCAUACGUCCACAGGGUGGCAUACAGUGAGUGCAUGGCGAGCAUCAAUCCGUCCGUCGGUCAUCUCAUCUGGCCUCUCUCUCGUGUGUGUCCGUCCGUACGUACGUACCUUCUUGUAUGACGACUGUGCGUGUGGUCCCCGCCCCAGCACAACUCCCCUGGGGUCGAUCCACAUGUCGAUGUCCCCUCCGCGCACCACUAUCCGCAAAUGACUCUCCAGAUCCACACAAUCCGUCGGCGGCGGCAGACCCUCGCCACUACCCGCCGCCCCAGCAGCCCCCCCACCACUAGUGACGCCAACACCAGGGAUGGCAGGUACCUGCCCCUCCUGAGCGGCCUCCUCCAUCCUCUCACCAUCGACGUCGGCCUCGCCCUCCCCGCCAUCGCGCCCGUUGCCCUCACCCCGGUGCUGCUGGUCGUCGGCUACUGGAAGGUCGACCUGCAUGCCGGGGGGGCUGCGCAGGACCGCUGGCUCCUCCUCCUGCUGCUGCUGCUGCUGUGGUGGUGGGGCUGGGGAGGCGUCACCCUGGUCCAUCAUGUCUACCGGCUCGUUGCCCUCGUUGCUGAUGGGCAUGUGGUCGUCCUCCUCCGCCACACCACCCGGCCCCUCGACCUCUCCGUCAUGCAUCUUGGGCUCCUCCUGCCCCUGGCCGGCCGCUGCCGAGCUGGAGCUGGCCGCCCCGCCCGCCAUGGCCACCAUCUUGUCUCCCUCCCCUCCCUCACUCUUGACCUGGCCCUGGCCGCCGUCCGCGUCCAUCAUGACGCCGCCACUGCUGUCUUCUGUCCUCCGGUCGCCCUCGGCGUGCAUCAUGACGUCCUGCUGGUGGUCGGGCCUCUCGCCAGCCAUCAUGUCGACAUUGUCGUUGAUCAUCUCGUUGUCCGUCUGGGCCUGGCCGGGGUGGUGCGUCAGCUGAGGGGACAGGUCGUCGCUGCCUGCCUGCGAUGGAUCGAGGGCGGGGGAGGAAAUCGACAGGUGGGGCGGCUGGGGGGCACCAAGAUGGCCACUAACGACCCCAGCACCGCCGGCGCCGGCACUACUUGCUGCCGCCGAUCCGCCGUUGUUGUUGUCGGCCUGUCGCGUCUCAGGUCGGUCCGUGUCGCCUGGCUGGUCGGGUGAAGACUGCGGCUGCCCGUCGGCCUCUGGGGCGGCAUCCCCUGCUCCAACUGCUGGGGAUGGUGCGUCGUUGAUGUGUUGUGGGCUGUCGAUGGAUGGCUGGCCGGCCGCCAUGCCCUCGGGACGGUCGAGCUGCUCACCGCCAUAGACGAACGGAGUGCCGCCCUCCUGCAGACAGACAUCCAAGAAGGGAUGAAGCAACUAACUGAUCCAUGGGUGUCUUGCCUUCCCUUGAUGUGUGUGGUUGACGCACCUGCGAGAUGACGUCUAGGACGCUCUUGCGGGAGGGGCUCCACCUGAAACCCUUGAACGGCGAGCCGGUGUUGGAUUGAGUUAUCGUUACCUGAGUGAGUGAGUUGGAUGGACACACACAACACACAGAGGGAGAUAUUGAGAUAUGGCCACGGGACGGGUGUUUGUGUCUGCCCGACUGAGUGUUUGUGGUGCGUGAGCUGCAGCUUACGUCAACUUCGAGUCUAUCUCCGAUAUGAAUCACAUCCCCAGUCUGGAUGGCACACUCACCGUUGACCCUACCGACAACAACACCACACACAUAUUCAAUUCAGGUGCCUCCCUCCCUCCCUCCUUGCCUAUCGCAUCGCUGUGUGCCCCCUCCCCUGCUCACUCACUUGAUCAUGGUUCCGAUGGUUGAUCCGCAGUCGACGACACCGAGCUGGUCGUCGGGCAUGCGGAAGAACAUGAGGUGCGAUAGCGACACGGACGGGUGGCUCAUGUGGAUCGUCGAGUGCUGGUGACGACCCGCAUCCCACGGCAGGUUGUGCUGCAGGGGGGAAUGGGUUGGUUAGGAGGGAGGGAGGGACACAACCAGCAAUGGAUGGGACGUUUGACGGCUGGGGUGGGUGGGUGCGUACCGGUAUGAGCGCUGAGUCGUAUGUCUGCGCCUCGAUCCGAUGGAUGCGGUCGGGCAGAAUGCGAAGCGUCACACGGAACUGAUCUGCACACACAAAUACACCGAUGGGGAAUGAGCGGAUGGACUGCGUGUCUUGUCUUGCCUGUGUGUCGGUACCUCUGGGUGGUGUGAUUUCUGGUUUAUGGUCGAUGUAGCUCUCCACCCAAUCCUGCAACCGCAUCUUACUACCCUCUGAAAUGACAGACAGACAGACAGAGAGCAUCACGCGGCCUUCGUCCGUCCUCACUGCUGGCUGAGUGCCUGUCUGCCUGAGGUACCUGCGUCGUUCUUGUUCCACCCGACCUCCUUGCAGAAGGUCUCGCAGUCCGCCUGGCAGAAAAUCCUGCAGCACGACCAAGCAAACCCCACCACACCACACCACACCACACCACACACAUAUACAGGUCCGCCGAGGGAUGUGGGUUCUCUGUGUCGUUGACGUGCGCGUACCAUCGGUCUCGGCUCCACCGUUGGCUGCUUUCAAAGUAGUCCACCACGCACGCUUGCAAAUCGUCAAAGAACACCUGUAAAGAGGGAUGGAUGGGUGCCACCAGGGGCAAUCGACACACAAGCAUGUGUGUGUGUGUGUGUGUAUCUACCUACCGAUGAGAGCUCUGCGUCGGCGAAGAAGAUGCGCAGAAACAGCGAUAGGCUAACUUGCGGCUGAUGGACAAUUCACAUGGACAUACACAUACACAUACACACCGUGGCUUGACUUGACGAAGAUACAAACACACACAUCUCUCAAGCCCAUGCCCUGCUUAUCUAUUUACCUUAAUGAAUGUGGCGAACCACCAGCUCUCCUCGACCGGCGGUAUCGACCCGGGAUCGAACAGCGGCCUGUCGGGCUCUGCCUUCCGCUUGAAACCUUCACACACACCGCACACACACAUACACACACACACACACAAACACACACACCCACAUAUGGUCGUCGUGUGUUUGCCUCUCCCUCCCCUGACUGACACAUGUGUGCACACCUACCUAGGCUUCCGAUAAGUGACUGAAUGACGGUGUUGACGUUGAGCGCCUCACCGAGGGGCCGCCGACACACAGGGCAGAUCCCACGGUCGCGCUGCGCAUUGUGACUGAUGCAGUAUCUGCAGAUCAAACAAACAAGACACGGAGGGAGGGAUGGAGGGGGGAGGGGGAAAGAGGGUCGUGUGUGCGUCCAUGCGGCUCUUGGCGUUGAUCGACUGACUGCACCAAUCCUUCUCUCACUUGCAGAAGGUGUGGCCGCAGUUCAUCGUCACGGGCAGCUGGAAGAAAUCUGAAGAACACACAACGGGAAAAGAUCAUUUCUCGCCACACCCAGUCCGUGCGGUGUGUCCCUCCCUCCCUCCCUCCCUGCCGUAACUACCUAGGCAGAUGGGGCACAUGAGUUCGCUCUGAAUCUUGGACACAGGGUCGUCCUUGCCCCUCUUCGCCACUACCACCGGCCGCUCCUCAGCACUCGCCUCGUUCGGGGUCGCCUCCGGAGAGGGAGUCGCCAUCUCAGCAUCGCCUGAACCCGUCCACACACACACAGACGACUCCUACAUCCCCACACGCGGCCAUGGACAGCCGAAAAGGCCGUUUCCUGCCUUGAUUGCCUCUCUAUGUCCUCGUGAGACCAUCUACUGUCCAUGUUGACCCUCAGUGGCCUCGGUGGGUGCUUACCGGCAGCGCCGACUGCGUCAGCGGCAGCUGGUCCAGGACGCUCUUGACCAUCGGGCUGAGAAUCCAUUUCGUCACUCCUUUCCAAUCAGAUUAAACACAGCGAGCCGGUAACGCGGAAAGGAAGAAACGAA